ACUUCGUAGAGCUUGAAAAUCCAAAUCACGACGCCAAAUUGAGAUUUGAUUCAUUGCCGAUUACACAUAUUCGUCAGAAUCAGGGUAGAUCUGCAAACUCAAUUGCCGGCAGUACGUGGUAAAAGGGGAAAUUAGAAAACAAAAAGAAGAAAAAAAGAAGAGAGAAAAGCUUACUGCCAUUGCUGGUUAAAGCUUUUAGACUUGAAUCAGGUACCCGACUUAUCGGUUAGGUUUCUUCGAAGGGGAAAAAAAGAAAACUCGAUUCUGUCGUUAUGGAAGAUUGUGCGCCAGAGUUUUCCAGCUGGGAUCCCAUCUCGGAGCUAAUCAUCACAUACAAUGAGUUGAAUAGCCCGCUGGCCGAGGAGCUCCAAGAGGAACCGAGCCCGUUAGAGUUCAUGAGAUAUGUGGCUAGGAACACCCCUUUUGUCGUGAGGAAAGCCGCCAGCGGCUGGCAGGCAAGCAAGCAUUGGGACGUUUCGUUUCUCAAAGAAACUCUCGUUGGACAGGAUGUUAAUGUUGCUGUGACACCUAAAGGGAAUGCAGAUGCCCCAACAAAACUGUCCGACGGCAGUUUAGUCUUUGCCAAGCCGUUGGAAGAGGACCAGGCUUUUGGCGAUUUCAUAGACUUUGUCGUACGUCAAGAGAAAAAUUUAGCAAAUCAUGACGAUGAGGACGAGAUACGAUAUGCCCAGACCCAAAAUGACAACCUCCGACACGAAUACGCCACCCUGUUCAGUCAUGUACAUCGCGAUAUUCCCUUUGCUCGCAUUGCCCUCGACCGCGAGCCCGAGGCCAUCAACCUGUGGAUUGGUAACUCGCGAUCCGUAACGGCCAUGCACAAGGAUAACUAUGAGAACAUUUACGUUCAGAUCCUCGGCCGGAAACACUUUGUCCUCUUGCCGCCGUUAUGUCACCCGUGCGUUAAUGAGCAGCGUCUGAGACCGGCGACUUAUGCAAGGAAAUCUUGCAACGACCCUGACGGCGGUGGCGGUGGCGGCACGGAAACAACUGCAACCGCUGGCAGCCUUGAACUUCAACUUGACGAUAGUGAAAGCGAAGAGGUUCCCUUUGCCAUUUGGGAUGUUGACAGACCAGACGAGCAGGCAACGCCUUACUCAAAGCUUGCAUGCCCCAUGAGGGUUACCCUUGAGCCUGGUGAUAUGCUGUACCUCCCGGCCAUGUGGUAUCAUAAAGUUUCGCAGUCAUGUGGCGAACAGGGUGUAUGCGUGGCCGUAAACUACUGGUAUGACAUGGAUUUCAGCGGGCCGCUUUAUCCAAUGUCGUCCUUUGUCAGAGCGGUCCACAUGCGAGAUGAAGUAAAUGUUCUAAAGCAAGAUGCACAAGAGAAGGAGGGAUAGGGGUAUUUUGUGACUAAGGGGUCGUUCUUACCACAUAUGCUCCAUCGCUAUCCACUCAACAAUGCCAACGCUAACAUGGUACUCUUGUCAAACCUCCAAACUUACCUGUGGUAAGCAUUGUGCAAGAGAGCAUCAGAGUAGUAGAGAGAACAAUCUAGCGAUCCCGAAUGUCUACGCUCUUCCACGGUCAAAUGGACUUGUGAGGUAUAACCCGUGUUUCUACCUAAGGUACCUAGCCACAAAUCAAACCAUAGAAUGGCUCAAUACAAAACGAAUACAACCGCA